UGCCGGGAUUUUUGAUGAAUCAUUUUCGUUUUCGUAGUUUUCGCGCCAUGUGUCCUCAGAGCUUGGUCACAGUCACCACCUCAUACAACUGAAGACCUUUAUUAGUUAAUUUUUGCAGCCUGCAGCUGGUAGUGCGUAACGGCUGAACUUCCUCACCUUACAGGCACCAACAAUGUCUGCGAACACCACAGACCUCCCCACUGAGGAGGAGAUAGACCAGAUUAAUAAGCUUGGGAAGUUAACUCGGCUUCUCCGAGAAAAGUUUGGCAUGACUGAGGAUGAAACUGAGGAGAUGGAAACAGAGGAGGCGAAGCAGGAAGUGAAGAAGAGGAUCAGAGAAGUACAGGCAGCAGCAGCUACAAGCACACGUCCUGGUCAGGCACCAACAAUGGCAGAGAAGACAGACCUCCCAACAGAGGAGGAGCUAGACCAGAUGAAGUCUGGUAAGGUAAUCCGGCUUCUCCGAGAAGAGUUUGGCAUGACUAAGGAGGAAAUUGAUGACCUGGAAAAAGAGGAGGCAAGAGAAGAACUGAAGAAGAGGAUCAGAGACAUACGGGCAGCGGCAGCUACAAGCAGACGUCCUGGUCAGAUUACAGAAAUGUUGCAGCGAGCUAUGACUGAGAACAUGAAAAAGCGGGAAGGUCUAAGGGAAAUCUGUGGCAAGAUCUUGGCUUUUGUUGAGGAGAUGGAAGAUGACGACAAACAAAAGAUGACUGACGUCUUCGGCCAAGAUCUCUUAAAAGAUGUGAGGACAUUUCUGCAGAAUGACGACUGUCCCAUCUUAGUCAUAGGAGAGUCCUCUUCAGGCAAGAGCAGCCUCCUCAACUUGCUGCUGGGAGAGAACAUCUUGCCGGUGUCCCAUCUGGCCUGCACCUCCACUCUGUGCUUCGUCAGGCAUGGCAAAGUAAAGAGGGCUACAGUCUACCUGAAAGACCCAACAGCUGGCACCAGAGAGCAGACCAUUGAUCUUAAAAAUGCGAAGGAUCAACUUUGUUCCUACAUACAGAGGGGACAACAGAAUGCAGAGGCGGUAGAGAAGGUGGUCAUAGAGUGGCCCCUUGAAUUCCUGAAGGGUGGAAUAUGUCUUGUUGAUGGCCCUGGGAUCCUGGCAACAACAGAGAUGGAUGAAGUAGUGGCGGGUGCAGUGUCGUCCACUUGUGCAUUCAUCUACAUGAUCAACAGCUUCAUGGGAGAUGGGGAGGGGACUGAUGAGCAUAUGGAUGGGCUAAGCCGCCUGCUGAAGUGGUGUCAGAAACACAAAUGGGGGGACGUGUUCGACAUGUCUCUGUUUGACCUCAAAUCCACCAUAUUCGUCUGCAACAAGUGGGACAGUGUCCAGCGAGAGGAGAGAGAAGUAGUGAAGGAAGACUACUUAAAGACACUGAGGGGCCACUUCCCAGAGCUGCGAGAUGAUCAAGUGUUCUUCUUGUCAUGCAAUAAGGCUGUUGGUCCUGGUGGUCAGCUGUCUCCAGAGUUCACCAGGCUGCUGGAGGGAUUAGACGUUCUGCUUCCACAGAGUCUGCAGCACAAACUUGAGCUGCAGUACCAGAAGCUGAAAGGAGAACAUGUCGUGAAAUGCUUCGGAACCUACCAUGGUGAAACUGAUGCUAACGGAACCCCAAGUCUGGGCUUGGUGAUGGAGUACUGCCCAAAAACACUGGACGCAGUGUUGUUUGAGAAAAGAGAAAACAGCCCAGCCUGGUGGGAUUCUGACAAAAAGCAGCAGGCAGUAGCCUUCAGCUACACCAAAGACAAGGCAAUACAGCUGUGUGAGGGGCUAAAGCACAUCCACGAUGUGAUGAGGUACAUGCACAGGGACCUCAAACUUAUCAAUGUUCUGGUGUCCUCAGAAGGAGUGGUCAAACUUGCUGAUUUUGGCAGCUCCAAGUCAGAGAAGGCCUACGCCAGGACAAAGGAGGGGACGCCAUUCUACACGGCGCCAGAGGUGUUGGCACAAAAGAAGUACAACAGGAGUGCAGACAUGUACAGCAUGGGUGUCAUCCUGCUCGAGAUGUGGUACGGACGGACUAUUUACUAUCCGGAGGAUCCUGAGUACCAGUCCCAGUUUAACGAGGCUGUACCGCUCAACGUUGACCAAAAGCUUCCCCUGCCAUCUUGGGAUGAAAGAGCUCCCCCUAUCCCUGAGUGGCAGAAGCUCAUCAACUGGUGUCUGAGGAGGAACCCGAGACAACGUCCGACAGCAGAAGACUGCGGGGACAGGAUAGCAGGGAUGUCGCUGUCACCAACACGGGGGGCCUCUCGGCCACGGAGAACCUCUCGGCCACGGAGAACCUCUCGGCCACGGAGAACCUCUCGGCCACGGAGAACCUCUCGGCGACAGGCAGUUUCUGAGCCACAGGGGGCCUCUCGGCUACAGGCAGGGUCCGAGGAGAAGUCACAUGACAUGGUGUAG